CUUGUAUAAAUAGGGUAGCCAACUCAGUACAUUUUCGUGCAAAAAACGUACACGGUGCAACGUAUAUAUAUUACACGGCGAAUUGAGAGUAUGGCCUCCGUGCUUGCCGCCACGGCAUUGCUCAUUGGAGCCUUGGCCUUGGCGUCCAUCCCAACAGCGGUGCAAUCCAUCGGCGUGUGCUACGGCACCCAGGGCGACGGCCUACCGUCGGCAGCCGACGUGGUCCAGCUCUACCAGUCCAAGGGAAUCGGCGCCAUGCGCAUCUACUCCCCAGACGCCACCAUUCUGCAGGCCCUGCGCGGCUCCGGCAUCGACGUCAUCGUCGACGAGACCAACCUCGACGCGCUCAUCUCCGACGCCGGCAGCUGGGUGCAGGCCAACGUGCAGCCGUACAUCGGCGACGUGAAGUUCAAGUACAUCGCCGUCGGCAACGAGGUGGAAGGCAGCGACACGCAGAAGAUCCUCCCGGCCAUGCAGAGCCUCGCCGGCGCGCUCUCCGCGGCAGGGUUCGGCGACAUCAAGGUGUCCACGGCCGUCAAGAUGAGCGUGCUCGCCACGUCCUCGCCGCCGUCCAGCGGCGCGUUCAAGGACUCCUCCGUCAUGGGCCCCGUCGUCAGGUUCCUCGCCGGCAGCGGCGCGCCGCUGCUGGCCAACGUCUACCCCUACUUCGCCUACCGGGACGCCGGCGGAUCGAUCGACCUCGGCUUCUCGCUCUUCGAGCAGAGCUCGACGACGGUGAACGACGACGGACAUGUCUACACCAACCUCUUCGACGCCAUGGCCGACGCGAUCUACUCGGCCAUGGAGAAGGAAGGUGAGUCCGGUGUGCCCAUCGUCGUGUCGGAGAGCGGGUGGCCGUCGGACGGCGGCGGCUUGGGGGCGUCGGUGGACAACGCGCAGACCUACAACCAGAACCUGAUCAACCAUGUCGGCAAUGGCACGCCCAAGAGGUCCGGGCCGCUGGAAACCUACAUAUUCGCCAUGUUCAACGAGAACAAGAAGCAGGGGGACGAGACGGAGAAGCACUUUGGGCUCUUCAACGGGCAGGACAAGUCCCCGGUGUACCCUAUUAGUUUCUCAUGAAAAGGACGAUCGACGGGGAAAUUAAAGCUGAAAAAGACAUUCUUAUAUGAUCAAACUAUAUAUAGUAUGUGAUUUUUAGCUUCUUGUACGGGCUAUGUACUAUACGUAAGAUUAACCCCAGGAAAUAAUAAUACUACCUGGCGGUGGCAUUCUUAUAUCUCGAUCAAUAAAAUAUUAAGCGAGUGUUGUUACAUUUCA